AUGGACGGCGACACUUACCCUGGUAAGAUUGGGUUCAGAACCACAACGAUUGAUUACUACACUACUGGCCAAUUAUGUGAUGAGCCUUUCGCCUCCUGGUGGUCCGAUCCUUCCAGCGCUCCCGACAGAUCCAUCGAGGAUUGCUCGGACUCUCUGCGGGGUCUCGGUCAGAUACACUCGAACUCACCUUUCGGUUUCGACGAAGACUUUGCAGAGGUCGCUGCUUCACAGACGUCUAGCUGUAGUCAGUAUGGUUAUGCUUUUACGGGACCUGGUCCCUAUGCCUUGGAAACCUCGACACCUGGUUCCUAUACCUUGACAACCUCGACACGCACUUCUACAGAGCUUUUCCACGCGAGUCCUUGGUCGAGACCCUCACAAUUGCCCCUUGCGCCCGGUACGCUAUCUGACUGCUGGGAGUAUCGCGAGUAUGCGUCAUAG